AUGCUAUUCGAGUCGUGGCCCGACAUCAAUCUCCUCCAUACGCCAUCCGGACCCGAGACCGUCGCAAAGGUCAACAGGUCGCCGAAAGCCCUGCCCACCCCUCACAGAAUGCGUCUCGACUCCCGCACACCGCCCCGGCGGUAUCUCGCCCUGAUCAGCGUCCUACUGGCCUUCCUGUCGACAAUGGUUGCCGCACAGAACGGAACCGGGACCGCAACCACGGUCCGGCAGUGCAUCCCGCGCCCCACGACGACGACCGGCGUGCCGCCUCCGGGGCCCACGGCGGCCCUCCCGAAGAACUUUGGCAUGAUCAUCCACCGGGCGUACGAGAUGCUCGACGUCUUCGGCCCCCUCGAGGCCCUGGGCGUGUUGGCGAGGAUACACCAGCUGAACUUGUACCUGAUCGCGGAGACUAUGGACCCGGUAACGGUUGAGCCGGGGUCCGCCGCCAUGAAUUCCAAGAACUCGAGCUUCUUCCCCGUCAUCCUGCCGACGCACACCUACGAGACGGCGCCUGAAGAUAUUGAGGUCCUCAUCGUCCCCGGCGGCCUCUGGACGCGGUCGCCCAACAUCGGCCCAGCCAUCUCGUACAUCAAGACAACGUACCCGCGCCUGCGGUACCUCAUCUCCGUCUGCACGGGCGCCUCGGUUGUGGCGCGGGCCGGCGUGCUCGACGGCCGGCGCGCGACGACGAACAAGGCCUCAUGGGCGAGCACCAUCGUCCACGGUCCCCACACCGAGUGGGUGGCCAAGGCGCGCUGGGUCGUCGACGGCAACGUGUGGUCAUCGUCGGGCGUGUCGGCCGGCAUCGAUGCGACGCUCGCGUUCGUCGAGGCCGUGUACGGCGCCGAGAACGCAACGUACGUCGCCGACAUGAUGGAGUACGACUGGCACCGCGACUCGACCUGGGACCCGUUCGCCGAGAGGUUCAACGUCACCGACGCCUGAGCGGCGGGGGGAAGGGGGAUGAAUCCUGUGGGGAACCUGGACUUGCCUAGGUUAUCCUGCCGAGAGUUAUGCCCGAAAUACGAUUCUAAUUUGACAUGGGGAGUCGCAGUGUUAUUUGUCGUUUUGCUCUAGCGGCUUUUUUGUAGCGGGGAACUCUAAAUCUGAUGCGUAAUUCUGGCAGUGCAUCGGAAAGAUUUGAUGCCUAUGACUUACGUAUCUGCUUGUGUUUCCAGAUGGGCACAGCCAGUCUUCAAAAUGAAAUGGCUCAGAUGGUGUAGGUGAGAUGAUGAGUACACAGAAAGCCAGCAUGUAGACGAGAGCUGCGUCCUCCCUGGCGCGGACAUAUAACACGAUGCAACGGGUUAAUGGAAUGGACGAUGAAACCUGUAACGUUUACCAA